UUUUAUUGUACGUUCCUUUCAAGCCGUGUUUUCCCGAGCUACAGGCAGUUCAAAUAUAAAUAGAUUCUCCAAAAGACCCUCAUUAUCUCCAAAUUAAUUCAUACACAUCUCAUAUUCCUCAAAAUGAGUUACUCAGCUAACACCCCCUCUAUCCAAGCUGACAAUGAAUGGUCACCCCUUAAGGCCGUGAUCGUUGGCCGUGCUGGCCGUGCUUGCUUCCCGGCCGGCGCACCAGCCAUGAUUGAAGCCACGAUGCCUUCGGAGCACGUCCACCGUUUCAAACCGAGAUCAAUAUUCCCUGACGAUAUUAUUGCAAAGGCUGAAGCCGAAUUGGACUUCUUCGCAGCUAUUCUCAAGGCAGAGGGAAUCCAAGUAUACCGACCAAAAGCUGGUAUUGAUUGGCUUGCCGAGGAAGGCUACACUGGAGCAAUGCCUCGAGACGGACUGAUGAGCGUUGGAAACGUACUUAUUGAGGCUUGCUUUGCGUGGGAUUGUCGGUCUCGCGAGAUCGAACUAGCCUAUGGAGAGGUAUUGGAGGAGCUUGGUAAGGAUGACCGGGUUACGAUCGUUCGUCGACCAGCUGAGUCCUUUGCCAACACCUUGCUGGAUGGCGAGCCAUCCGCACCUUGGAUCAUCAAUGAGAGCCGGCCUGCAUUUGAUGUCGCAGAUUUCAUGCGAUUCGGCAAAGUCAUUAUUGGCCAGUACAGCCAUGUCACCAACAAGGCUGGGGUCAACUAUAUCCAGAGCCACCUGCCCCAAGGAUAUCGAAUCGAGAUGCUCGAGGUGAAUGAUCCCAAUGCAAUGCAUAUCGAUGCCACCAUUUUACCCCUCCGUGAGGGCCUGAUGGUGUAUCACCCCAAGAAAGUGACGGAGGCAGCUCUUCGUGCGCACAAGGUUCUUGCAGACUGGAACCUGGUCGCCUAUCCCUUCAUCCCGCAAGGUCCGGGACCAGAAGACCCUCCCCUUUACAUGACGAGCCCGUGGCUAUCACUUAAUGCGCUUGUGUUGGAUGGCGAGCGGGUGGUGGUGGAGGCAAGUGACGAACAAACGGCAGCAUUCUAUGAGGAGUUGGGCAUGCAGUGUAUCCGGUGCCCUUUUAAGCAUGUUAACAGCAUUGGCGGCUCUUUCCACUGUGCCACAGUUGAUCUAGUAAGAUCCUAA